AUGCCUGCCUCCGAUGCCGGCAACCAAAAGUCAAGUGUGACCGUCAAUAGCCGUGUAGUCGCUGCCUCAGAGCUAAUAGAGGACAAGAGUGUCGCUAUUGGGUUUCAUUGGUCUGUUCUCGUCGAGAACAUCGAGAAUCUGUUGAAACAUCAUCGCUGGGUUGGCAUUCACCACCAACAUGUUGAACAAGAGCAGUUCUUCUCUUCAAGGGAGAACUUCUUCAGCAGCAGCGGUCCCUUGUAUAAUGCCACUUGA